AUGAAUCGCGAGUAUGAGGUCUCAAGAGACCAGCCCCCGACUGAGAUUAUUCAACAACAUGUUAUGCAUAGACACGGCACCGACACACAAAGCCGACACUGGCUUACAUCUCCCGAGCUUCCUCAGCCCGAAGAGCUGAUGGCAGAAUACCCUGCUGAGCUUCCUGCAGGAUAUUCGGAAGAAAAUCCGCCUGACAAAGACGACUACCUGGAGCUCCAAUAUGCCAUGAACCGUUUCGAGGGCACUGAGCUACUGAGGCGGGCGAUCCAGGAAUUCAGAUUAAGACCUGUGAAUGAAGAUUCAGACACCUUCCAUGUCUACACUCAGGUACACGUCCAGGGAUACCUGCUUGCCAAACAAGGGCCUGCUUGUCGAAUCUCUUUCUCGACUGAGUGCUCGACAACAAAGGUAGUCUGGCAUCAAUCCACCCGCCUCACUACGGGAACCCUCGUUGUGCUAUCUCCUCGGGCAGAUAACUUCAACAAACAGUGCUUUGUCGCUGUAGUUGCAGCCCGGUAUCUUCUUGGUGGGCUAGAACCAAACUUUGAUGAUGGCGAGGACAUCAACACCCCACCACGUAUCGAAAUAUUCUGGUCCAACACCGAGACUGCCGUGUUCGAUCCUUCGGUCGAGUUGGUGAUGCUCGAGGCUAAAGGCGGCUAUUUUGAGACUGUUCGUCAUGCAAUGGUUGGGCUCCAACAUGCUGCUAAAUUUGAGUCCAAAUUCGAUAAAUACAUCAUUGAUGGGUCGAACAAGGAACACACUGCCGCCUAUCUCACUGAAGAAGGUGCUGCGAUCCCCGAAAGAGCCAAACACUUUGAUCCGUCUCAACUGGAAGCCUUUCAUCGUAUGACUUCACAAGAGCUCGCGGUGGUCCAAGGCCCUCCGGGCACUGGCAAGACUUUCACUUCAGUUGUCGCCCUCACAAGCCACAUACGUACUCUUAAGGCUGUGCAGGGAGGCAAGGCUAUCGCGCCCGUUAUAGUCGCUGCACAAACCAAUCAUGCAUUGGACCAACUCCUCGCUCGAUGCUUGGAUUUCGAGGCUGUCAUCGCUCGUCUAGGUGGGCGUACAGAGAAUGAAGACAUUGAGGCCCGAACCCUCUACAAUAUCAGGAAAGAUUCUAGGAUCUUACGUGGCCCUACACGAGGCGAAAGAUCUCGAAAGCAAGUCCAGAACCAGAUUGAAGAUCUUUUGAAGGGAUGCUUCCCUGCCCAGUUCAUCGCAGCGGAAGAAUUUCUUAGCGAGGGAUUAAUAAGUCAAGAACAGUAUGAGUCGUUGGACGACGAAGAGUACGAAACACUACCCAUUCAUGGAGGCAGCGGACAGAAAGACGACGAAUCAGUUGAUUCCAUCAAGUCGUGGCUCGGCACAUGCGUGGAGCAAGACCAAACAUAUGUGUAUCGCCCCCCCGAAGAUCAGAAAGAACCUCCAGAAAACAGAGACAAUACCAUCAAUGAAUCAAAGGAGGAAAACGACAGAGAACGGCUCCACGGAGACUUCUUCCCCACCAAAUUCUACAUGACUGGUUCUGUUCCCUCGGAUGGGGACGCCAUAUCCUCUCAAGCCAGCAGAUUGUUGCUGAAACAUCACGACCUAUACGGUAUCAAGCCAGCGCAACGCGGCAUAGUCUACCGUUUACUAAGAAAGAGACUCAUUGAUGCGAGAGCCAAACGCUUUCCGGAGCUCCUUAAUGCUUACCAGAAAACUUGUGACGAGAUCAAGAUCGCUCGAUCAUGUAACGAUGUCAAAGUCCUCGUCAAUGAGAAGGUCGAAAUUGUGGGCUGUACAACUACAGGGCUGUCGAAAUAUCGCGGCUUGAUUGCAGCCUUGAAACCCCGUAUCUUGAUGAUCGAGGAGGCAGCUGAGACACGAGAAGCGAACAUAACGUCAGCUUUAUAUCCCAGUCUUGACCAAAUUGUCCUGGUCGGCGAUCACCAACAGCUCGUCCCACAUGUGGAUGUCAGUGAGCUCGAAUGCGAACCAUACAACAUGCAUGUCUCGCUGUUUGAGCGGUUGAUCAACCUAAAAUUGCCGUAUACCAUGCUCCAAGUGCAGCGCCGUAUGGUGCCGCCGAUCCGUCAAGUGGUAAAUGCAUUCUAUCACGAGCUUACCGACCACUCUUCUGUCAAUGAUCCCAGAAACCGACCUCCCGUUUUGGGUAUGGGGAAUAAAAGUCUUUGGUGGUUCCACCAUGGUUGGGAGGAGUCUCGGAAUAAUGAUGGCUUUUCCUACUCAAACUUCAACGAAGCGAGCAUGAUCGUCUGCUUCGUUCGGUACCUGGUACAGAAUGGAGUCUCUCCCAGUGGCAUAACUAUUCUGACCUUUUACAAGGGUCAGGUCAAUCUCCUGCUCGAGAUCCUGCGACGAGACCCAACUUUGUCGGUCAAGAACCCGACAAAAGAAUGGUCGGUCAAAACAGUAGAUGGCUUCCAAGGUGAAGAGAACGACAUUGUGAUUCUCUCUAUCGUACGAAGUGCUCGCCCAGGCUUCGUACGGAACAAGAACCGAGCUGUGGUUGCUCUUAGCCGCGCGAAGUGCGGCAUGUACGUCUUUGGCAAUGCUGGGGCUCUCUUGAAAGAGGAAGAAAGCUUCACAACUUGGUUGGGUGUCUAUAAAGUCUUUCAAGAGCAGAACUGCUUCGACGAUUUCCUUCCUGUCACCUGUGAGAAUCAUGGGCGAGAGACCAAAAUAUCCCGCAUUGAGGACUGGGGAACCAUCGCUGCAGCCGGCUGUGACAAGCCGUGCACAGAGAAAUGCUCCGAAGGCCACCCUUGCACGAAGACCUGCCACCCGCUCAAGCAUUCGGAGUUGAGAUGUGAUCAGAAAUGUGAGCGGAUCUUGAGUUGUGGUCACAGGUGCAGCUCGUCAUGCGGCGAUCUUUGUCGUUGCAUCCAACGAUGCGAUGAGGCCUAUACCCACGCUUCUCGUGCACCGAAACCUCAAGCGCUCAUCCAACCUCUCAGAUCUACGCGCGCACCACAACCUUAUGAAGCCAGAGGCUUCCAGGCUACCAGAGGUGGAAAAUCGACGACUGGUGUGCGACGUGGACGGGGUGGAACAGUCCGACACGGUGCCUCCGGUACGGGUUCAUCGACCUCCACAAAAUCUUUAGAGAGUCACCGGGGCGCCUCCAAAAUCCGUGCUCAUAGCGACAACAUAGGGAUGCGGUCAGGGCAGCUCAAUUCCAUUGCCGGAGCGUCCAGUGUGCAAGAACCCACCAGUGAACAACUCAUGGAAAUGGGCUAUUACCCAGGGCCAACUCGCCGACAUGGGCAGCUUACUGUCCAGACCCAGGACAACUUCGAAUUAGCACCCGCAUCCUCGCCCACAAAUUCUCUUUCGGACAGAUGGAGUCCGGAGAAAAUUUCGCAAAAGGAUAGAGCGCUUGGUGAGGAAGCCAAACGGGCGUCACGACAAAGAAGUCCCUGUUCAAUUGUCAUCAGAACCACGUACCGCGCAACUACAAUGGAGCCAGACGGAAGCCGCCGGUACGGGAUGCAAACACGUUCAAGCCACACAGCCCCAAAGUCUCCCCCUACGAGGAAGCAGAUGCUCCAUGAUGUCGCUGCUGGACAGUACAUCGCUGAUCAACAUCAACAGGAUGAGCAGCUAGGCGCGGAUGUAGAGCGAGUAGUGACGGUGAGUGCAGGAUCUGAUGUCGAAGAAGAUUUGAUUAGUUUCGACUAG